AUGAUUAUCGUCGCAGUCUUUAUUGUUUUUUUGGGUUUUUAUUGGAUAUUUUGGGUCACUGGUUCGAGGCAAUUAGAUAAAGCCACAGCAGCGUUGCCCAUGCCCCCAGGUCUACCUCUCAUAGGUCAUGCUUUGCUUUUCAUCGGGAGUACCGAAAAAAUUUUAAGAAAUCUAGAAGACAUUGCUACUUUGUCUAUGAAACAUAAAGGAGUUGUAAAGGUUUGGUUAGGACCCAAGCUAUACAUCGCAAUUAGCAAUCCCGAAGACGCUCAGGUAAUAUUAGACCAUUGUCUCGAGAAGGACACUGUUUAUCGGUUUUUACAACCGUGGCUUGGACGCGGACUCUUCAUUGCUCCCCUUAGAUUGUGGAAAAGUCACAGAAAAGUCCUAGUUCCCGUUUUCAGCAAUAAAAUCGUGGAGCAAUACCUGAAUAUUAUCUCAACACAGGCAAAUGUCCUCGUCGACAGGCUGUCUGAACAAUCAGGGAAAUCUGAAUUUGACAUAUUACAAUAUAUCACUGGUUGUACACUGGACAUUAUGUUUGAAACUGCGAUGGGUAAAAAGAUGGACGUACAAAAUUCUCCUGACACUCCGUACCUUCGGGCGCGUCACACUGUCAUGACAAUAUUAAAUCAACGCUUCUUCAAAGUGUGGCUGCAACCAGAUAUUAUAUUCAGUAUGACUUCCUACGCUAAACAACAGAAGGAAAACAUAGAGCUUACUCACAAAUUUACUGAUGAGGUAGUACAGAAAAGACGACUGGAAUAUGAAAUGAAGGAAGCUUCAAAAAUCAACAACGAAUCAGAUGAAAAGCCAAAAGCCGUCCUUGAUUUGCUAUUUGGUCGUGAGAUCGAAUUUACAAAUGAACAAUUACGUGAGCACAUUGACUCUAUAACUAUUGCUGGGAACGAUACAACAGCGUUGGUUAUCGCUUAUGCCUUUGUGUUACUCGGUAUUCACCAGGAUGCACAGGACAAAGUUAUGCUAGAACAAAAAACAAUAUUUGGGAACUCGAAACAAGGAGCUACGAAAGAAGAUCUGUUAAAAAUGAAUUAUUUGGAAAGAGUUAUUAAAGAGACUAUGCGUCUCUACACAGUUACGCCGAUCAUUGCACGUAACGUUGAUAGAGAUACCUAUUUGCCACACAGUGAUAUAACCAUCCCAUCGGGUGUGGGAGCAGUGGUGGGUGCGUUCGCGCUUCACCGCUCGCAAGCUAUUUGGGGGUCCACUGCUAAUGAGUUCGAUCCGGAUAGAUUCCUUCCAGAAAAUUCUAUUGACCGACAUCCAGCUGCUUUUAUACCAUUUAGCUAUGGAUCUAGAAACUGCAUAGGUAGAAACUUCGGCAUGAUUAUAAUGAAGAGUAUAAUAUCGAGUAUUGUAAGAUCAUACAAAAUAGAAGCAAGUGAAGUUGGACCUUUAAAAAUUGAAAUUUUGCUAUUUCCCAUUAACGGUCACCAAAUCAAAUUAACGAAAAGGUAAAACGAUAUGAGAUUAGUUAAGUUAAUUUCAGCUAAAUCUUAGAUAUCUUUUCAUAAAUAUAAAAUCAGUAAGCUUAUUUUAUUUUAUAUUUUUUUACUUAGUAAAAU